GGUCAGAGAUUUCGAGGACAAAGACCGGAGGCCCAAGGGCCCAAGACAGAGCCACAGAUCGCGGGGAUCCCUGGCCCAGGUCCUGCUCUUCAUCCCAGGCUCAAGGCGUCAGCUCAUCACCCGACGAUGUCCUUUCAGGAGCAGAGCGCAGAAGCGCAGGUGGACUCUGCAGAUGGGGAAGGGGCCGGAGCCCAGGGCAGCACAGAAGACCCAGCCCAAGAUGCCCUGGAGCCCAGCCUGAGCCCCUCCUCUCUCAGCUUGGCCGCAGCAGACCCAAGAGUGAAGUACUCAGAACCGCAGAAAUUCAGCUUUCACGACCGGGACCACAAAGUAUUGGUGCUGAACUGUGGGACCCUCAUAGCAGUUCAUAAAAAAGCCUUCACAAGCCCAGUGGGACCUUCCUGUGGCCUAAGAAGGAUUGAGUUUUCCAUUUUCAAUGUGAAGUGUUGA